CCAAAAUGGCGGCUCCUCCACCGCCAGCUCCACCACCACCACCUCCGAUAAUGAACGAUAUACCUCCACCACCAGCGCCUCCAACUCAAAGCCAACCUCCCAGUAGCUCAGAGCAACAGCCAAACAAUUCUACAACGACACCACAACCAAGUACAACAAACAACAACGGAGAAAAGGCUUGGGAAAGACCAUGGUCCAUCUCAGAAAUGCGGAAAGGAUCUUCCAAAUGGAAUCUUGCAGCAGACGCUGGGUUGCUGUUAUAUCUUCAACAAUUCUCUCAGAAAAUGGUAUCACAGACUCAUGAAAUAGAGAAGCAGGUUGAUGGCUUGGUCAGCAAUACUAAAGGGAUUUAUUCUAAAGUCCAGAACACAGUCAAUGAUUUCCUUAUGUUAUCAAACACUCAAUUUAUUGAAAAUCGUGUUUACGAAGAAGAUGUUGCUAAAGAUGGUGAAGAAGAAAAUGCAAAAAAGGAAGGACAAGAGCAAUCUAAGAAAUCAAGAGAGCAACAAGAGCAAGAAGUAAUUCCAAGAGUUGCUGAAGCUUUGAAACAUGGAAUCAGUGUGUUGAAUGAUGCAUUCAUCACUUUAGAAUUAAAAACAGAACAUGAUUCAGAUGAAGAUGAGGAUGAAAAUGUACAAACUAACUACAAUCCACAGCCAAUUCUAGAACCCAAGGACUUGUAUGGCCACCGACCACUUCCACACCUGAUUGGUACGGCUGACUUCUAUCGAGAUGAUCUGAUAGGACUAGGGGAGUCAGAGUCUGAAGAUGAAGCAGCAGAAGAAGAAGAAGGGGAAAAAUCAAGCGAAUCAGAGAGUGAAUCUGAGUCUUCUGCUUCUAGUGGUGAAGAAUCAGAAUCAGAGUCCUCAGCAAGUGAAAGUGAGAGCAGUGAAUCAGAUACAGAAAAGAUAAAGACUAAAAAAGCCAAGAAAAAGGAAAUUCAGUAUUCAAGUUCAGAAGAGGAAGAUGAUUUAUUCGGUGAAAAGAAAGUGAGAAAGGAUGAUGAAUCAGAUGAAGAAGAAGAAGACGAAGAGGAGGAAAAGACCCAGACUAGUGGUCCAAUGGGCUUUGCAGCAGAGUUAGCAGCAAAAAUAGGAGUAGCAUCCCCACAGCCCAAGGACAAUGAGGAAGAAGAACACGGAGGAUUUAGUGAUGAAGAAACAGAAACCAAAAUACCCAAAGCAGUGGAGAAGACAAGGGCAGAUAGUCGUGCAAGCACAGGGAGUAAGACUAAAGCAAAGAAAGAGAAGCAUCAUCACAAGAAAGGACGGUCAGGAACUAAAGAUAGUCAUGGUGGACAUAGAAAAAGACAUGAUAGUAAAACAGCCAGUGCUGUAGAAGAAGAUCUGUUUGCACAACCAACUGAGGGAGAUGAUGGAUUGUUUGGUUCAGAGGGAAGUCCAUUUACCAAGAAAGGAGGCUUAUUUAGUGGUGGUGGAGGUCUUUUUGAUGAUGAGUCUCAGGGUGGUGGUUUGUUUGGUGAUGACACAACCAGCACAAAAAAUGCCUCUGAUGAAGAGGAACAAAAAGAAGAAGAGACUAUCACAACAACUAAGCCAAGAGCUAGAAGCACUGCAAGUGGAAAAAAGCUGCCUGCAGGAGCUGUGUCUAUCUUUGGAGAUGGGUUUUUGUCUUCUUCUUUGACCAGUGAGACUUCAAUACCUGAUGAAAAGACUGCAAAGAAACCRUCCAAKCAGGAAGRAGGAGGUCUGUUUGAUGAAGAUGAAGAUGAYGGCUUGUUUGCUGAAUCAGACAAAAAAGUCAAAGCCGAGACAUCCAAACCAGUUAGUAAAAAGUCGUCCAAUGUUGGAGGUUUGUUUGGUGGUGAUGAAGAGGAGGAGGAAGAAGAAAAAGAUGGACUGUUUUCUGGUGCAUCACAACCUGUGCAAGCUCCACCUAAAAAGAAGAUACCAGCUGGUGCAGUUUCCAUAUUUGGCAAUCAAUCUCCUCUAGGAAAGCCUGCUGCAGAGAGAAAAGAAACCAAACSMAAAACAGGAGGUGGUUUGUUUAGUGAUGAUGAUGGUGAUGAAUCGGGUGGUCUGUUUGAAUCAAAUGCUGCACCUAAGCCACAAACCACUAAAACAGAGUCCAGACCCAAGAGUAAAACUACCAUAAGUCURUUUGAUGAUGAUGAACAAGAUGAUGACUUCUUUGCACCACCUACACCUAAACCAACCAGUGACRCUACUAAAAAMAYAACUAAUAAUGGAGUUACUGAAGAGAAAAACAAACCCAAAACGACCAAGUCAUCAGGGUUAUUUGAUGAUGAUGAAGAUGACCUUUUUGAUUCACCUGCACCUACUCGCAAAGCAACAAGUAAUGCCACCCCAGACCAACAAAAAACCUAGUUUGUUUAGCGAUGGUGAAGAUGAUUUGUUUGGAACUUCACCUUUAGAAAAACCCAAACCUGAAGAACCCAAAGCAAAGCCAAAAUCAGUCAGCAAAACAAAGACUGUAGCAUCCAAACCAAGCUUGUUCAGUGAUGAAGAAGAAGAUCUCUUUAGUGGUCAGCCUGCAUCAAAGRCUGAUGACAAGAAGGAGGUGGUUGAGGAUAACAAGAAGUUUAAAAAGCCUGUUGGUGGUGUAUCUAUGUUUGGUGGUGUUGAUCUCUUUGCAGGCAAAAAACCUUCAUUUACUGAAGCAGAUGUCAAAGAYACUGAGACAAAACAAGAAAAGAAAGAAGAUAAACCAUCAGCUCCUCUGAGUGUAGAUGACAGCGAUGAUGAUGAUUUCUUUGGUAAACCAAAACCCCCUCCAUUAUCAACAUCUCCAGCAGCGUCCCCAGCAUUACCCUCACAACCCGUGAAACUACAGACUGGGCCAAGUUUGUUCAGUGAUGGAGAUGAUGAACCAAGGGAGUCAUCUGGUCCACCUCCAUCAAAAUCCAAAGCUGCACCAAGYCUAUUUAGUGAUGAUGAUGAAGAUUUAUUCUCAGUAGCUCCAAAGGCUCCAGUCAGCAAGAAAGAGGAAACCAACAAAACARACAAUGAACGACCUAAGAAACCUGUUGGUGCUGUGUCUAUGUUUGGUGGAGUGGAUUUGUUUGGAGGAGGUGCUCUAUCAAAAUCUGUUGAAAAGAAAACUGAAGAACCACCUACRAAGAAAGAUCCACUUGGCAUGUUUGAUGACACAGAAGAAGAUGAUCURUUUGGAAGUAAACCAGACAAGGUAACUCCACCUGUUCCUUUACCAAAAGCCKCACCAAGCAAAGAUACUGCCAGCCCUGUAUCGUCAGCAAAGUCUGGUUCAGGUAUUGCAAGACUGCAGAAGUCAUUGGCCUUUAAUCCAGCCAUGCUUAGGCCUGGUGGUCCACCGCCAAGAAAGGAGACUUCAGAAAAGGCAUCAUUUGAUGAACCACCAGUAGCUAAAACACUAGAGACGGUUUCCAAGGAACGUGCCAAGGUACAAGUAAAACGUCGACCUCCAACAAGACAAGCCCGACGUGCYGCCGCAACAGCAAGCGCCAGCGAUGAAACUCUAUUCGGGUCAGCGCUCGGUGGUGAAUCAAAACCAGUUCUCCCUCGGCCAGAGCCUACUUCAAUGGAUGAUAGUUAUGUCACUAAAAUUCAAGUGGACUCGUUACCAGACCUUCCCGGUAUUGAUGAAGUCCAACGUAAAGGAACUAAGGAUUCAGAUAUGAGCGAUGAGUUCUUUGGAUUUGCGAGCUCAAAAUCUACGAAAUCAGAACCRYCAUCGAAGUCUUCUGUUCAUGAUCCACUAUUUACUACAGAGAAAGAGUCCAARAAUUUUGAUGAUUUAUUUGGACCUCUAGGAGGAACCCCCAGUAAACCGACCAAUGACAAUAUAAGUACGAAGCCAAUUAGUAAAACUAAUAAUGAUUUUGACUUAUUUGGAGAGAAUGAUUCUAAACAAACCACAACCGGGCCAAAAAGCAUAAAAACAAAAAGUACAGACAAAUCUACAAAUGAAAAACCCAAACUGGGAAAAUCAGGAAUAUUUGAUGAAGACAGAGAUUUGUUUAGCUCGACGGAAAAGAAGAAAGAGAAAAAUGUUGAAGAGGACUUGUUUUCUACAAAAACUAAGAAAGAAGAAACAAACCCAGAAAAKGAAAAUGUUCAGCAAGAUAAAGACAGCAAAAAGACCUCUAUAUUUGAUGCCAAUGAUGACAUUUUUUCCUCAUCUUUGGCAACAUCAGUGAAGAAACCUGAAAAUAAAAAAGUGUCAUCUGAAGUUGAUGAUGAUUUGUUUGGUGCAAAGAAAACUCAACAGAAGAAAGAGGAGAGUAAAGUAAAGCCUUCGAUGAUGAUGAUGAUCUCUUUAAAGCAUCCAGUAAACCAAAGAAAACAGUGAAGUCACUCGGCGAUGAUGACCUGUUCGGGGAUUCGGGGAAUAUUUUUGACGAUGUUCCAAGUAAACCGAAAGAAAAGAAGAAAAAGAAAAAAGCAGCUGCAGCAGCUGGAGAGUCGAUAUUUGACGAUACUCCAACAGAGAAGACAACAACCAAGAAAACUAAAACAAAAAAGAAAACCGGMGACAAGAAACCCGCAAAAACAACUUCUAUAUUUGACGACGACGCUCCUAACAUAUUCGACGAUCCUCUGAACGCUACAGCAAACAAAUAAUGACUUYUAAACAAUGCAGUCUUUAGCACGCGCUUCUGGUAACGUUUAUGAAACUAAUUUUUAUAGAUUCGUUGUCCGCUUCAUCCAACCAACCCCACACCACCCCCCACCCGCCCAACCCCCUCCAAAUUCAACAUCUCCUUAUACAGAACAUUGAGGUAUUUUUAGACAAAUUUGUACAUUGCACCAUGCCCCUAGAAUUUAUAUAUUAUAUAUAUAUAUGAUUUGAAAUGAAAUGAUGAUAAUUAAAUAUCAAUUUUGUAAAGAAUUCCUAAUAAAAAUAUACAGUGACCGUGACUAAAACUGGAUGGUUUUAUGCCACGUUCUUGUAA